CGGAGGACGGUCGUGCGUCCUGGUCCUUCAUCCAAGAUGAUUCACGUUUUAGAUAACGAAGGUAACCACAAUGAAGCUGGUCAGUUUAAGAGUAAUAGAGAAGUUGCAGAGAGCAGUUUAUGAAAGCGGUAUUUUAUAUGUUGUUGUGAAUACUAAAUGAGGUAUUUUUGUUGUAUGUUUUGAACAAAUUAAUGGUAUGAUCCCUAUUUCAUCCGCGUGUUUGAAACAUGAAAUCGAUGAGGCGGAGAUGGAACAAAAAUAGUUUUCGAGCCGGCUUUUCCAAGCUUCUCCUGCUAUGGAGGAAAGAAUAACCCAGCAGCAGCAGGACAACUCCUACGGACUCUUGUCUAACCGACAUGUAGCACGUGUUGCUAAAUUUCUUGAACACCUUAAAGUGUUGCCAUGCAAGCAGUAAACCUUUCGUAGCUGUCCUAGGCUUUACAGAGGAGGGAACAUACUGUGCACGGCAGCGCUUUAAAGUGGUACUUGGGAGGUGUUGACGACGCCGGAGCCACGAUGAAGACGGUGCUGAGCGGGGACAGGAGGAAACGGUUCCAUGUCAACCGGGUGGACACGCAGGAGCAGCAGCUGAAUGCCGCAGAAGCCAACUCAAACUAUCACAGGCCUCACGCCCCGCCUUCCCCAGAUAUCGAGGAACGAUGCGCUUCCCCGAUCUCAGCGCCAUCAGACACGGAGAUGGAUUCACUGACAUACCCACACAACAUGGGUACCCAUUCGGGAACACACUCGGGCACUCAUGCCACAUUCCGGUCCCUGCGGCAUCUGACCCGAGAAGCACUGCCAAGACUGGACCAUUACCGCAACUUGGCGAGCAUCAUGCAUGCUCCAGGCACCGGCCAGAGACCCACCCUUGAUGACCUCCACCAGCCGCCGCCGGGCACGGUGCCGGCCGGGCCACCAAGGGAAAACAACGAAGAAGAAUCCAAUGUAGAUAACAAAUUUGGAUGGAUGCAGGGCGUGCUGGUACGCUGCCUCCUCAACAUCUGGGGCGUUAUCCUCUUCCUCAGACUCCCGUGGGUGGUGGGCCAGGCCGGAGUGUUUGAAGGCAUGCUGAUCGUCACGAGUGGUAAUAUAGUCACCGCCAUUACUGCUCUCUCCAUGUCAGCUAUUUCUACCAAUGGCCAGAUCAAAGGAGGUGGCACAUACUACAUGAUCAGCCGUUCACUAGGACCAGAGUUUGGAGGGGCCAUUGGGUUGAUCUUCUCCCUGGCCAAUGCCAUUGCUGCCUCCAUGUAUAUUGUUGGCUUUUGUGAAUCAUUGAGUGACCUGCUGAAGUCUCAGGGAUUGAAGAUCAUUGACAAUAGUGUGAACGAUGUGAGAAUAAUUGGCAGUAUCACACUAGUUGUUCUCUUUGCAAUCUGUGUCAUCGGCAUGGAGUGGGAGGCUAGGGCACAAGUAGUUCUGCUGGUGGUGCUUCUAGUGGCCAUAUUGGACUUUAUCAUUGGUGCCUUCGUGGGUCCUCUUAGUGAUGAAGAGAUUGCCAUGGGUUUCAUCGGUCUAAAUGGGACAGUGUUCACCAACAACCUCUACUCUGACUACCGUGAUGAGGGAGCCCAGAGUGGGGAGGAAGGCAACAUGGGCUUCUUUGGUGUCUUCAGUGUUUUCUUCCCUGCCUGUACCGGCAUCCUGGCUGGUGCCAACAUCUCUGGUGACCUGAAGGACCCAUCAGCAGCUAUCCCCAAGGGAACAAUUCUUGCCAUCAUUAUCACCUACAUAUCCUACAUGGUUAUUGUGCUGUUGGCUGGGGGUGUGGAAAUAAGGGAUGCAAAUGGCAAUGAAACUCUUGUAGCAGACUGGUCUUUCACCAACUGUACAGACACAGUCUGUAAAUAUGGUCUUAUCAACAGCUCUCAGGUAAUGGAGUUAGUGGCCAUCUUCGGCCCACUGAUCUAUGCUGGUUGCUUUGCUGCCACCAUCUCCUCUGCUCUGGCCUCCAUUGUCUCGGCACCUAAAGUCUUCCAGGCACUAUGUAAAGAUAAGCUAUACCCAGGUAUUGUGAUCUUCGCUAAAGGUUAUGGAAAGGGCGAUGAACCCUACCGUGGCUACGUUCUCACAUUCGUCAUUGUGCUUGUUUUUACACUAAUUGCUCGCCUCGACGCAAUUGCUCCCAUCAUCACCAACUUCUUCCUGGCUGCCUACGCCCUCAUCAACUUCUCCACCUUCCAUGCCUCCCUACAGCACAUCCCCAGCUGGAGACCCACCUUCAAGUACUAUAACCAGUGGCUGAGUCUGCUUGGAGGAGUGUUGUGUACAGCCAUCAUGUUCCUCAUCCAGUGGUACACAGCACUCAUCACCGUCGUCAUCAUCAUCAUCCUGUACUUCAUUGUUGUCUACAGAAAGCCAGAUGUAAACUGGGGAUCAUCAACACAAGCUCAGAUAUACACCCUGGCAUUGAGCUCAGUCAUAUCUCUAAAUCAGAUAGGAGAUCAUAUCAAGACGUACCGUCCCCAGAUCCUGGUGUUGAGUGGGUCACCCUCCUCCAGGCCGCCUCUUAUCCACUUUGCACACUCCAUCACGAAGAACAUGUCCCUUCUGGUCACAGGUCACUGCUUCAAAGAACAGCAGCCACAGCGGUUACGAGAGAGACUAAUAGCAGACGCCACUAACUGGUUGUGUCGACACAAGGUGAAGGCCUUCUACUCCAUUGCUGACGGCCCCUCUAUGGAUUUGGCUGCCAGGAUGCUAAUGUGUAAUGUGGGACUGGGUAAAUUACGGCCCAAUUUAGUCCUCAUGGGUUACAAGUCCACCUGGCAGACAUGCCCAGCUGAGGAACUACAGAGUUAUUUCAAAACCAUCCACUGUGCUUUUGGCUUGCAUCUGGCUGUUGGUAUCCUGUGUGUGGAGGGUGGCCUCGACUACUCAAACCUGACAGAAGUGUCACAAGAUGAAGAUGACCCAACUUUGACUGCUAAUGCCUCUGGCAACUCGACCUCCUCCAGCGCUCCCAACACAUACAACCCCAAUCCCUUAACUUUACCUACAUCUGUCUCUACAGGCAGUUUUGGCCACUCCCAAAAUGGGGCCGAUCUUCGUUCUGGUUCCUCUCUUGCAAAAAUCCUGACAUUUGGGUUUCAAAAGUUGACUCGAGCUGCUGUUGGGGGAAGCAUCAAUGUUGCAUCACUGUCAAAUACUGAUUAUGGAGAAAGCAACCCAUCAUUCCUAGAUGGCAUGAAGUUGGGCAAGAAGAAGAAAGACCCCAUGUACCGUCUGCCCAAUGGUGAGGUUGUUGCACCGCAGGUUGUGGACGCUAUGCUUCGCUUCACUCGUAAACAGCCCAAGGGAACCAUUGAUGUGUGGUGGCUCUAUGAUGAUGGCGGUUUGACAAUGUUGAUCCCAUACAUCCUUACUACCCGAUCAGCCUGGUCCUCCUGCAAAUUGAGGGUCUUCUGCCUUGCUAACAAAAAAGAUGAUCUGGCCUCUGAGCACCGAAGUAUGAUUGAGCUACUGUGCAAAUUCCGAAUUGACUUCUCUGAUGUGGUAAUGGUGCCUGACAUAACACGACGUCCCAGAGAGGAAUCAGUGAGAGAUUUCAACAAACUUAUCAGCAGCUUCAAGGUGCCACCAGAGGAGGAGGAUGGAGUCAAAGAAUCUGAGGGGAUCACGGAGUCAGAGUUAGUAGCUCUGAAGGACAAGACCAACCGCCACAUCCGUCUGAGGGAGCUGCUGCUGGAACACUCAAGAGACGCCACCUUCAUUGUUAUGACCCUGCCCAUGCCUGCUGUGGGGACGGUGUCGGCGCCGCUCUACAUGGCUUGGCUGGAAACCCUCACACGCCAGAUGCCGCCCUUCCUCCUCCUCCGUGGCAAUCAGUCCUCAGUUCUUACAUUCUACUCGUGAACCCUCUUCCCCACACUUGGUGCUUUAAUAAAUAUGGUUUCAAGGAUGGUGUGCUAUUUGUUUAGCAUUCUUUCCGCUCAUUGCUUAUACUUUGUCAAAUUAAAAUACCAUGAAAAUAUGUUCCCGAUGCGCACUUUUUUUCAGAGCUCUAUCUCUUAUUUAGAUUUAUACAGUAUAUAUUUUACAGCGUGCUCAAAAUGUAACCUUUAAAAGCUAGUAUUAAAAAUACCUAUGUAUUUCAUCCUUGUUCUAAUUAAUCUUGAAAUAGCAUGAAUUUCUUAAAAUGACUAGGUAUGCAAAUAGACUAUUAAACUAACAAAACUAAUGAUACUGAAUAUACUAAGUACAGUAUUAUGAGGUGGAUAAGUCUUCAAUACUUAUUCCGAAUGGAAUCCUUCCGGAAAUGUUUCAGGUGAAUAUUUUCAAACGAAAAUGUGGAUAUGUUCAGCAAUGGACAUGAUUGAGAGAAUUCUGUUUUCAGCCACUCCUCAGAUUCUCCAGAGGAAUAGGGGUAAGAAAGCUAGAGAUGUAGUUUAGUGAUCCUAGUAAUGGCAAAGUAGUCAGUAGAGAAUUCUAAAUAGGGGAAAAGUGAUCUUGCUGUUAAUUUUAAUGUAUUAGCAAUUGUUAAUCAAAUGCCUAUAACAGUGUGUGUAGAGUGCAUGGGUGUGGCUGGUUAAAUCGACACUACUAUAAAGAAGUACCAGGUAAAGAAUAGCCAAAGAGUUGGUAAAGUGCAAAGGGUUGAGACAAACUAUGGAAGACAAUACUGUAUGUUGGUUGUUAUGGUCAUUAAUGAUAUGUGUGCUCCUCUUGCCUCUUGUAGACAUUGGGGGUGGCAUCAAGGUUAUGGAAUAAUAAAAACUCUAACGAUCUCGUGCCAUGCUGGAGAUUUGAACUCCUAAAGAUGUCCACAAAAUUUUUAUAUUGAGCAAGUCUUAUUUUUUUAAGUUACUGUGAUAGUAAGAUAAGUAGUGUUGGGUUGACAUGUGUACUACAAUUUUAUGAUAAACACUGUAUAUUUGUUCUGAUAAUUAUACAUUUAGUCUAAUGUAUAGUUCUGAAUGGAUGACUAAUUUUUGUCUGAAUUCAUGAAACUAAUAAUUGUACAUAUGUUUGAUGACUGUAGAUAUUGCCCGACAACUGUACACUUUAUCUAGUAAAUGUGCAUUAUACAGGAGAAUGUACAUUUUCUCUGAUAACUAUACAUUAUACCCAAUAAAUGAACAAUUUGUCUGAUUAUUUUA